UAUAUCAUACGAGUGAGGACUUUAUAACCGAGAGCAAUUAUCAUCUAAAUAAACCGAGAUGGAAGAAAGUGGAGCAGUAAAGAGAAAAACAAACGAAUUGCGUACUACAGUUAGAGUAAAGCUGGAUGCUGCAAGCUAUAAAUUAUUGAAAAGCAUUUCAUCAGCGAAGCAUCCAAUUUCGGAAAAAGUAAAGAUACUUCAACACUCUGAUUCGAUGAACCUGCUGAAUACUGGACCAUCGGAUACAGCGCAACGCAAAGACGUCGUACGGGUUGAAGGCGAAGAAAACGGUCAGACUGUUGCAAAACGAAACGACUCUGACGCACCGAACACUAUUACGCCUUCUCCAGCUAGUGCCAUUUCAAAGAGGAAACAGGUUUUGAAAAAUGGGAUGAAUCCCCAAUUGUACCGUACGAUGAUGUGCCAAAGGUUCGUCAGUCAUAUAGAUGCAGCUGCGUUGGCAGUAAAUGGGUACAAUGGCUUUGACGCGAUCUUCCGGCAGGAGAAAGGAACCUUGUAUCCGACGCUGGCUAACUCGUCCAUUACCCAUAUACAGCGCAAACGCAUUACUAAGAACUUCCGGAAACGUCAGCUUAUUGGUCGCUUUUCGCCCGCGUUCAUAAGCAAGAGACGCGUCGAGCUAGAAAAGCACCGCGACUUGUUGCGCUAUCUGACGGCAAAUCCGUUGAUAGAGUACUCAGAUGGUGUUAUACAGUUGACCGCUCCGGAUCCGAUCAAAAUCGGAUCCAAGGUGAGUGUAAUGCUCUAUACGCCCCGGCUGUCGUGCUGCUUCGGGGAAGUUAUCGACAUAGAGUACCGAGAGAUUACAAUGUUCAAAGUUCGUUAUGAAGCCGAGGGAAUUAUACAAGAGCAACUAGUGCCAGACUAUUGCGUAGCGCUGGAAGAGGAAAGCGAAUUGUAAUUGUUCCUCCUUUUCAUUUUGCCAUACCAUAAUUGUUGAGGGUUCGUGAAACACUGCCAGUGGACGCAGCCCAGCUGUCAGGAACAUUCGCACGCCAGUGGACGAAUGUUGCUUCUGACUAUUAGCUAUAUAUGUCCGAGCCGGAAUGCCGUACUUUCUGGCUGAUCAGUUGCUGGUAAACUCUGCCCAGCGGAGUAACAUUAAUAACACUCCAAUCCAAUCCGGCAGAAAGCUAGUGAGGUACAUGUGGGUCAUUUUGUAUCGUCGUUCCAAAAAUUUAGUUAGGAGUUAGCCAUGACAUUCUUUAGAAAUCAGAUAUUAAUGUUAAAUAUAUCUAUGUUAUGUUAUAUGUUAAUAUUAAAAAUGUUUCAAAUCUGUCGAAGGUUCGCUUUGUUAACGCAAUCUGUUCAAUUAAUUAGAAAGGUUGUGAUGAUUACAUUUGCCUUGCGACUGAGGUUAUAUAUUGUUAUAUAGCCACGAUAUUCGACUUAUAAAUUGGAAACUCUUUUGAAUGUUUCAGAGGAUUAGUAUAUCUGUGGAACCCAUUAGCCAAGUGAUACAUCUUUCUGAACUUGCCAAAAAGGACACUAACGUUGUCCCGCCAUUAGAAAGGUUGUGAUAACUAGAAGUGCCUCGAGGUUAAGGAGAUGUAAGACUUAAAACUAUUAUUCGCUUCAGGUUAGGAACUGUACAUGGUUGAAGAUGUUUUCCGCGCAAAGCAUUCGGUUGUUAUCCUGCAUAGGUAUACUAAACAUAUCUUACAAUAUCCAAUAUUAGCUUUGGUAUGUUCCUCGACGGAUGGUUAGGCUUUGAACGGUAUUUUUUUUUUAAUAGAUGAAUUUCAUUUUUAAUACUAGUAAUACAUUUAGUUUUUACCCUGCCUAGUUUUACUAAACAUAUCUAACAAUAUCCUAGAUUAGCUUUGGCAUGUUCCUCAACUGUCGGCUAGGCCUGAACGGUUUCAAAAUUUCUUCUUAAAAAAUAAAUGAAUUUCAUCUUUAGCACCUGUUAAACAUUCGGUUGUUACCCUGGCUAGGUUUACUAAACAUAUCUU